CACAGGCAGAACGGUGGCAGCAGUGAGGUGAGCAGCAGCAGGGCAGGAGGGCAGUGAAUGGCUGCAUUGAUCUAGCAGCCGCCGCGUGUGUAAGGAGCGGAGACCCCGGGCGUGCGGGUGGACGCCUCCUCCUUCUCAUGAACACAAACGGCGGCCGGGGGCGCGCUGCAUGCUAACAUGGUGGCUGAGGGGAGACCCGGGAAACUGGCAGUGGCGGCAGCAGCAGACGGAUGGACACCGGCAGCCCAUGAGCAUCAGAGCUACUCUGUGAUCCCUGCGUCUCGGCGAGCAGCCUCCCCCUGUUGUCGGAGUAAGCGUGGCUGCUGAGAAAGCCAUUGUGGUGAAGAAGAAAGGGGAAUAAAAUCCAAACAACUGCUUCCCAGACAGCUUAGUUAAAGAGCAUCAUCCGGUAUGAAGCCUAAGAGGAUAAAAGAUCUGACGACUGCCAAUUGACUGAGGGAGCAGCUUUCGGCAGAGGAAGGAAACAAGGUGGCUGAAUAUAGUUCUUACUCAUGGAUUGAAGAGUUGGGCCGAAGAUGAAGAGGGAACAAUUUAACUGGAGUGAAUACUUGAAGGAGACUGGUUCAGUUGCUGCUCCUGCACAUUAUUUUAGACAGUCUAGGACGCUAUCAAGCAAUGAUUUUAAGAUUGGGAUGAAACUGGAAGCUCAUGACCCUCGAAAUGUUACCUCUGUUUGUAUAGCUACUGUGAUUGGAAUCUCUGGAUCCCGAUUACGGUUACGACUGGAUGGCAGCGAUGAUAAAAAUGACUUUUGGAGGUUGGUGGACUCAUCUGACAUCCAACCCAUUGGCACGUGUGAAAAAAAGGAAGAUAUGCUGCAGCCACCACUGGGUUUCCGGAUGAAUGCCUCUUCCUGGCCGAUGUUUCUCUUAAGAACACUAAAUGGAGCUGAAAUGGCACCAGCAUCAUGCUUUAAAAAGGAACCUCAAAAGCCAUCUCAGAAUUUAUUUAAAACUGGAAUGAAGCUAGAAGCUGUGGACAAGAAGAAUCCUUUUUUAAUCUGCCCGGCUACAGUUGGCGAUGUGAAAGGAGAAGAAAUCUUUAUCACAUUUGAUGGAUGGAGAGGAGCGUUUGACUACUGGUGCAAAUAUGACUCUCGUGACAUCUUUCCGGUCGAGUGGUGUAGUAUAACUGGAGAUUCGUUACAGCCCCCUGGAAACAGUGUUUCUGUUUCAAAGAACACAAGUGUCUCUGCAUCACCUGUGAAGGGGAUCAGACGGUCCAUGCAGUGUUCCCAGAUGCCUGUGCUGGCACAGAGGGGCAGGAAACCCAUGUGUGACAAGCCCCCUGAACAAGCUUCUACUUCACCGAGGAAUGGCAAGCGUCCAAAAACCACCGCUGCCACACUAGCGAGAAAUGUGCUAAAUACUGAUAACCUUACAAGAAGACAGAAGGGAUUAAAGCCAGGAAGAAAGAAAGAAAUCCCGCCAUUGCAGUCACCUCUCCCUCCAGACAAUGGAGAAAUUGGUAAAUCUCAGAUGAUAAAAGAUGGUGUUAACAUCUCAAGUUCUUCAAUGACUGUAAUUUCUACAGUCUGUGUUUAUGUCAACAAAAAUGGCAACUGUGGCCCUCAUCUGGAUAAGAAGAAAGUGUUACAACUACCAGAUCACUUCGGGCCAAGCCCUGUAAAUAUUGUGCUGCAAUUGGCUGUGCAAGCCUGUGUGGACUGUGCGCACCACUGUAAAGUCGUAUUUGGAUUUCUGAAGUCUGGUCAUCAUGGGGGAGAAGUUAUAACUGCUUCUUUUGAUGGUGAGAAACAUUCUGUUCAUCUACCACCAGUCAACAGUGCAUCAUUUGUACUGCGCUUCUUAGAAAAAUUGUGCCACAGCCUGCAGUGUGAUAACCUAUUCAGUAGCCAGCCAUUCAGCCCAUAUAUGGGAGGAGCACACAGCCCAGGAGACUAUGACCGAAGCAAAUCCUCAAAAGAAGACAUUGUUGACAGAACCAACAAAAGGUUUCCACAAGAGUCUCCCACUUUCACAGCUCCACUUUCUCCGAAGUUACCCAGGACAGAAGCUCAGCCAUCUGAAGCAUCUGAAACAUUACCAGUGGAAGAAACUCACACUCCAAAAGAUCACAGGUACUCCGAGGAAUUCAUGGAUUCCACACACAACACAGUUACCCCUCCCAGUCCUUCACCAAGAAACUCUGCUGAGUACCACUCAGUGGGCAGCAUACCAACAUUUUACCAGGCCUCUCCUCAGCCAGUGACUCCUACCUCAAACACUGCUCCUCUGGUACGUAGAUCAUCCUCAGGCUUAGCAGGAAGCAGCUGUUGCUAUGAAACUGGCAGGAACCGGAUGCACAGGAGGAUUGAAGCUGCAAGUUCCACCACAGGACCAGAUCUUAACUCCUCUGAACGGGAAUCUUCAAGAACCCAGAGUAAAGAUCCAGCCAGCUGGUCGGUGGAUGAUGUCAUGCACUUUGUAAAGGAAGCGGAUCCUCAAGCACUGGCCCCUCAUGCUGAGCUUUUCCGGAGACAUGAAAUUGAUGGAUCUGCAUUUUUGUUACUUCGGAGUGAUAUGAUAAUGAAAUACAUGGGGCUAAAACUUGGACCAGCCCUGAAACUAUGCUAUCACAUUGACAGACUGAAACAAGGGAAGUAUUAAGGAACCAGACACAAGUGACAUUCUUUGUUUAUUGAAUUUACCUCAGCGUUCACUCUACCUAUCAUGCCUUCUAUGAGGAAGCUUCCAGUUACUGCAAAAUACCUCCUAUGUAAAGUAAGACAGACACUUUCUUUGUUUAAACUUCAGUAUUUCUUUGGCUAUAUUAUUUUGGAGUUUGUGGAUUUUAAAGAAGCAGCAGCUCUGAAUAUGUGAGUACAAAACGAUGCAAAACCAUUUGCUGACGGACUUUAUUGUAACCAAAAUGCUAAUUCCCAAAGUGGUGUGCACAGAAGAAAGGGGAAGAAGCAUAACAGAAGUGGAUGCAGCUCUGUGGUGUGAUAUUAGCAGACAUAGAACUUCACUUUGAUACAGUAGGUUUCCAGAUUUAAGCAACUUGACAUUUACUCUAAAGGGUAUAAUGAUGGCAAUUUGUUUUUUCUUCAAAAUUUACAGUGAGAGGUAUUGUUUCUCCUGAAGUGUCUGCAUUCCCAUCGUAACCCUCAGAGGUUUGAAAGUUAAUUAUGAUGUGUGAGUACACAAUUAGAAAAUGAAUGACGCAAUAGUCGUCUUUAUUAAUUUCCUUUUCUCAACUGGCGGCCCUCAAUCGCCUUUUUUUUUUUUAAAGCUUUUUGUAUAUGAAACAUGUUUGUCAUUGUCAAUCCUCCAUGAUUAGUCAGGCAGCAAACGUGGGACUAUUCCCUUAUGUUGUUAAAGUGGACCUGUUACUCUAUCGGCAAAAGUGCUUUUAGAAAAGCAGUGACAUAUAUGACUAAGAGGGAGACUUAUCAAAUCUGCUAAAGAGGACAAGUGGAGGUGUUGCCCAUAGCUUCCAAUCAGAUUCUAGUUAUCAUUUUGUAGAAUGUACUAGAUACAGUUGCAAGAAAAAGUAUGUGAACCCUUUGG